AUGAUCGUCGAUUUGGUGAGCGCAGCUCGUCAGGCGGAUUGGGAUCGCGCUCGUGAACUCCUGUUCCAUCACUGGGGUUCCGAAUGUCCGAAGCUCUAUGCGCCCAAUCCUGAACAUCCCUGGGAGAUUUCCGAGGACGAAAAAGACAUCAAUACAGCUUUAUUUGUGCCGUUGGCUGGUGCGUUCUGUGCUGAUUCAUCGGUCACAGACUCCUCUCUCCGUCCGUUGAUCGAGCAAACUGGUUUCUCAGGUGAAAAACACCGUACUGGUCAAAUUUGUGGCCAUGUGUUCAAAAGCGGUGAACUCACAUACAGCUGCAAGGAUUGUGCCACCGACGCGACGUGUGUUAUGUGUCAUGAAUGUUUUCACCAAUCCGAGCACAAAGCACAUAAGUACAAAAUGCAUACUUCAAAUGGUGCCGGUUACUGCGACUGUGGAGAUAAGGAUGCUUGGAGCAGAGGGUACGCCUGCAAAUUGCACGAAAUGAACGAAGACGACAAUAUCCCGUUCUUUCUGCCAGAGUCUCUGGAAGCCAGACUUCGAGGAUUGACCUGUCUCAUUCUCCAGUAUUCCACGAAGUUAAUCUGUUGGGAAAAGGCAGAUGUUCUUCCUUUGGACUUGAGUUUGAUGGGUAUAGAAAAACCUGAAGUUUCAAGUGUGGCGCCUUAUGUUACCGUCUUGUACAACGAUGAAACGCAUACGUACGAAACGGUUAUUCGCGCCUUAGAAAUGUUUAUACACUGUACUAAGGAUCAAGCAAUGUUAAUUGCUACCAUAGUUGAUCGUGAGGGUCGAAGUUCGGUUAAGGUUGGGGCAAAGCUAGAUUGUGAACGAGUGAAGUCUGACAUUCAGCGUCGAACACUCCGUGAUGUGAAUAGACGCACUGAGAAGACAGGUCCUCUCGAUGUGAAGGUCAUGGAUGGUGCGCUGGUUGCUCAUCAGAAUCACGCCAUUGCUCUUCUGGCUUGGCUCAAUUCUCAGAUAGAUGCAUUUCCUGUCCUCGGUUCAAUAGUUGGUGAUGUUUUAUUGAACACAAUCGUUGAAAAGGACAACGAUGGUCUUGAAGUCGAUGAGACGAUUUUAGUACGAUUACUCCGUUUCGAUAAGAAAAUGUGGAAAUCUGCACGGGCUAACACACAUCAAAUGUUAAUGAAGACCGUACUUAUGAAUUUUGAGCAGAAAGUUUCGUUUUCUAAAACAUUUCUUGAGCAUUAUGAGGAUAUUUACGCUGAAUUCAUAGAUGAUGACCACGACAUUGACAUUUCCGUUGUCAGUCUCACAGUUCAGUUUUUAACUGUCCCCAGUAUAGCAAGACAGCUCAUUACCGAAGAUGGUGCCAUGCGGACUAUCUUCAGCUCACUCGUAAAGCAUACUGAUCAGUUCGCAAGAGAGCCGAAGGAUUUACUAUCACGUUUUGACUUUGCUAAGCAUACAUUUCCUGUUACGGUAAGGAGAGGAAUGCAUAUGAUGCGGGAUCUUGGCUAUAUAUUGACGUGUGUUCCAUCAGAAGAGAAUUGGAAUGAUCAGUUGAGGGAACAGUUUAUUGAAGGAUGUCAAUCGCUGAUACGGUUCUUGCAUCGUCUUCAGGGUAUGGAUGAAGUGAAACGUCAGUCCGUGGAGCACCAAGUUUGGGAGUUAGAGUGGGAAACGGCUUUUAACAUCCAGUUGCGUAUACAAGACAUCCUGGGAUAUGUUAUUGCCUGGACGAGAGCUGAUCGAACAACCCAUCGUGCAGUUUUUCGCAUUUGUUUGGAAUCUCUUACACUUCACCCACCUUCUACGUUAGAAGAACCAGCUGGGGCCACUCACACUGUUGUGGAAGUGAAUGGUGAUUCAACUGUCGUUAUUCCAUUUGACGUUCUACGUGGGGCAGUCUCUAUUCAUCAACCAUUAUGGCGACUAACUGCCGGAUUGUUUACUGCUAGUCCUAACCUCCUACAUUUCUUGAUUUCUCUUGCGACUACAAGUCUAUCAGAUAAUGAAGUUUACAUUCGUCAACUAAUAAGAAAAAUGGCAACCACUCUGUAUGAGAUGCCGCUCAGGGUACUCGUAUUGUGUGCCCAAGCACACGCUCAGCUAUGGCGUCGCAACGGCUUCUCACUGGUGAAUCAGAUUCACAACUAUUACUCGCCACUUUGUCGCACGGAGAUGUUCGAUCGUGAUUUGCUAAUGAUGCAGGUUGGAGCUACUAUCCGUCCUCCAACAGAUUUUCUGUUACACAUUAUUUGUCGUUUUCGUCUCGUUCAAUGGGCUGAUCAAUCUGGAGACGGAGCAUCGAAACAUCCAACACCUUUUGGGAAAAUGGAGCCUGAAGAAACUGGGAAAAUCAUCGUUAUCUUAGCUGAAGAGAUGUUACACUUGUUGAUAAUGAUAGUCGGCGAGAGGUAUUAUCCAGGUGUGGGAAAGUGUACUUUCACUGAGAAAAUGCAGCGUGAAGUCAUUCAUGUAUUAUGCACUGGGCCACAACCGUUUAGUCAUAUUCAAAAGAAAAUGUCUCAUGAUCCCAUGGUUGAGCGUGUUUCCUUACACGAUGUCGUCAGCAGUGUUGCCAACUUUGUUAAGCCAACUUCAACUUCUGCAGGACAGUUCCACUUGAAAGACACAUUGCUGUCGGAGUACAACCCUUUCUUUUACCAUUACUCGAAAAGUGAUCUUUCACAAGCUGAGCAGUAUCAACAAAAAGUGCGGUUAAAGCUUAAUCGAAAACUGCAAGCAUGUCCACCACCAGUUCCUUGUGAGUUUGAACCCUUCUUCGUCCCCGUUCGGAAUAUUCUCAAAACUCCGUGUUUGAUCAAAAUUUUAAAACUCGUUUUGGAUAGGACAGGGAAGCGUAGUCGAUUUUCAAGCGACCGGCUCCUUCACCGGGCUUUGUAUUUAAUUGGAAUGGCUUUACACGAACAAGCGCGGGAUCUUCAAGGCUUUCCAUUCAUUGAAACAGCAGCAAAGGAAGAGUUGUUACAAUCACUAGAGUCGCUUGCCGGUUCUACAGAAGUUGCUAGUCAUGCUGAUCUACUUUGGUGGACAAUCCAGAAUUACAAAGAAAUUCAACGGUUGUCUGCAACUGGGCAUACAACGGAGAAAGGAAAAGAAAGUGUUGAUAAUCAGGAAACCACAAAUGACGCCAGAGCAAAGCGUGCUGAACGAGCGGCGAGAAUGCGGGAACAAGCAAUGAUGAAGAUGUCAAAAAUGCAAAAAUCCUUCCUGAAGGUCAUGGAAACAGAGAAUCCUGUUUCGUCGGAUCAAAAUCAACCAGGAAGUGCAGUGUCGGACUUUCGGGGCGAUGAUGAUGAGGACUUUGUUAGCAAGCAAGAGGAUCAUGGAUUUCCCGUCUGCUUGGGCCCACAGCGCAGUCGUGUUGAAGAAGUUCUGCCACGGAAAGUGACAUGCAUAUUGUGUCAAGAGGAAGAGAUACUAUGUCCUAAGAGUGGAAAAGCGUUCGUAUGUGCAGCCUAUGUACAGAAGUCAUUACUAUUUGCGCAACGUGGCGAGCCUGAAAACGAUGCGAAAUUACGAGAUUUGGCGCCAGCUAAUCUCCUUUUUGGUAUCGACGCUUCUACGUGUUCACAUACAAUGCAUUACGAAUGUUUUCACAGCCUUCUGGAAACACUGCUUAGCAGAGAACGUCAACGUCCUCGUCAACAAAUGGUUUUCAAUCAAAAAAUGGUUGAUCCUGAGGUAGGGGAGUAUCUAUGUCCUCUUUGUAAACGUCUUUCAAACACUGCAAUGCCUUUGUUACCGGCGCUGCAACUGAUGGAUAUUGAUGGGUUCUCCAGAGCACGUAACGAUAAGAACGAAGACUUUGACAGCUGGGUUAAUAGGGUGAAAAACCUUUUGGAUACCCCACCAGUACGGCAAACACCAACCCAGAAGCCGAAAACGCACAGCAGGAAGAGAUCUCACUCCGAACGUUCUUUAUUGGAGCUGGUGAAACAAGGAGAUGAGCUUUCGGUAAUGCCACUUGACAAUUCACUAUCUACAUCAGUUCCUUCUGCUUCUACAAUGUCACUGUUGCUCGGACAGAAAACAUCAGCUCAACUGCCCGCGGAAACCACUUCAAGCACUUCGUGUAGUGCAAUGGAUGUCGACGUUGAAGAGGAUCCUCAGCGAGCUGUUGACCUGUUCCGUGAAAUGACCGAAAUCAUGCGUGUGCAGAACUCAGAAACCCGUGCCGACAUCGAAGUGCUGACCUCACCACAAUACGAAACAUCCUCGUCGUCAGAUCUCGCUUCUGCACGUCGUGAGAGACGAAGCGAUGCUACAAGUGGACGAUUUGGUUUCCUUGGAGGCAUAAUUAAGGGGUUACCAUCCGCUGGAGUAGCUGUACUGUUGAAGCUCUUGAGAAAGAUUGUUGGGCCCUCAUAUGAACGCUACGAAGAAAUGGUGAAGGUCUUCAGCAGUGUGCUGAUUCAUAAGGGACGUGUCCGUGGUACAGAUGAGACGAAAGCUAGGGACAGUCAUGACGAUGUUCACAGUCCUCCUGCUGCUCUAGCAGUGUGGAAGAGUGCCGCUCACGUAGCGAGAACAAUAGCAGCUGUCCUCGAUAAUGAAAGGAAGCCACUGUUCUGCGCUAUGAAUACGCGUCAGCGAGACUGUCUGUUGGCAAUGGCUCGCCUAUCGGCGGCUCUCUCAUUUUGCAUCCAACUUCUACCUGAUUUCACUGCGAAUAUGUUGAGAGUACUACUAACUCCCCCACCUCCGGUGCCUUCGACUAUCGGUGUGGCUCCAGUAAGCCCGCGCUCGCCAGAUUAUCACGCAGCUACUAGUCCAGUAUAUAGUUUUGCAAGCUCAAGCCCGUUGUCGUCAGACUCGCCAGCAAAACUUUUAUCGUCCACUUUUGCUCAAUUGUUCUCUAGUAAAAAGGAGGUAAACGUGAACCUCCUUCACGUUGACAUGUUGAGUUUAGCACUGUCAUUGAUGAUGUCAAUCGGUUGGACGUGGAACGACGGUUUUCAAUCACUGAAACCAACUCGCCAGCUGCGUGAAAUGCUUCCAGAUGGGUCAUUAGACGAACUGCACGUUCUACGUCUCUGUCUUACAGGGCUUUAUUUCCAGGUGUUUGCGUCAUUCGUAGACAGCGAAAUUCGAGAUGAAGAAAGUGGAGGCACAGUUGACAAAGCUUCUUCUUCUCGUCUGGAAUUGUUAUGGUCUAUCGCGAGAUAUUCUGACGGCGCCUUGGUUGAUGUCCCACGGCUGUACACUACUCUGACUGAGGCGACGUUGUCCUUGUUGCGCCCGUUAGCAUUAUUCUAUCAUGCUUUAACACUUGUCAAUCCUCCCGAGGCCUUAAAAGAUCCAUCAGUUGACGAAUUCGAACCAUUAUGUCGAUACAUGGGGCUUCCAUCACAUCUUGCUGAACUUUUGGAUGGAAUAGCUAUAGAGCAGCUGUUUUAUAUAAAAUGCAAGGUUAGUAUAGGUCUUCGUUGUCGUUGUCUUUCCGCCUUCCUCAUAGCCAUGAUGUUACGAGUGAGGAUCGCCGAAACGUCAGCCAUCGACCAACGAGAACAACAGCAACGACAACAACAACGACAACGACAGCGACAGCGAAAACCUUUACCAACCUCGCAUUUGCCAAAGAAGUUCAGUUCAUGA